AAAAAAAAUGGUGUACCAAACUUUUCAAUUUGUGCCAGUGCCGCAGAACAUGGACACUUAGAUUGUUUAAUGUAUGCCCGCAACUUAGGAUUGGAAUGGGGUGAUCACACGUGCAUUUUGGCAGCACAAAAUGGUCAUCUUAACACAUUAAAAUAUGCUCACGAACAGGGUUGUCCGUGGAACGAAAACACAUGCAAAGUUGCUGCUGCGGCUGGACAUGUUAACACACUUAAGUUUGCCCAUGAACAUGGAUGUCCGUGGGAUGAGGGAACUUGUGAAAAUGCAUCUGGAUUUGGACAAGUUGACACAUUAAAAUAUGCUCAUGAACAGGGAUGUCCAUGGGAUGAGAACACAUGCAAAUUUGCUGCUGCGCACGGACAUAUUAACACACUUAAGUUUGCCCAUGAACAUGGAUGUCCAUGGAAUGAGGGAACUUGUGAAAUGGCAGCUGGAAUGGGACACACUAAUUGUUUAAAAUAUGCUCAUGAACAAGGUUGUCCAUGGGGUUUAGAUACAUGCAAAAUAGCAGCUGCUAAUGGGCAAUUAAAUACUUUAAAAUAUGCCCAUGAAAAUGGAUGUCCAUGGGACAGGGGUACUUGUGAUAUGGCUGCUAUGUCUGGGCAAAUUAACACACUGCGAUAUGCUCAUGAGAAUGGAUGUGAAUGGACUGCAAAUACAACUGAAUUGGCUACCUUAUCUGGGAAUCUUGGAGUUUUGCAGUAUGCAUGUCAAAAUGGUUGCCCUUGGAAUUUAGAUAUGUCAACACUGAAGUUCCUAAAUGCCACACAUACUGGCAUGUAUAGAUAUGCUAUGGUAUAUUAUAAUAGGUAAUAUAGACAUGUAAAUAAUAUCUUAUCAUUUUUUAAAAUAUAUUUAUUUUUUUAAAUUUAAGGUUGAUGAAGAAGCGUAUGGAUGAGCGAAAAUCUACUCGUAAAUAAUUUUAUUUAUAGUAUUGGAAAAAAUAUAAACUAAAGGAUAAAUACAUAUUAAGUUUCCC